UAGCCUCCGAAGUUAGGGUUUGUGGUGAAGUUGAGGUUUUAGCACUUGCACCCACCAAAUCUUCUACUUCCUCUGUCGUUCGCUGGUUCAAUCUCAUUUCAUCACCAUGAGCAGGUCAGGGCAACCACCGGAUUUGAAGAAGUACAUGGACAAGAAGCUUCAGAUCAAGCUGAAUGCAAAUCGGAUGAUUGUUGGUACUCUCCGUGGCUUUGACCAGUUUAUGAAUUUAGUUGUUGACAACACUGUGGAAGUGAAUGGCAAUGAGAAAAAUGAUAUAGGGAUGGUGGUAAUCAGAGGAAAUAGUGUGGUCACUGUUGAGGCACUUGAACCCGUGAACAGGACCUGAUUUCUGUUCUUGUAAACAUUUAUGAGUAUAUUUUACAGUUUCAACAGUUGUGUAUUUGAACAGCGUAGUUACUGAGAGUAACUUGUAAUUGUGAAUCUUGAGAGGGUCUUGUUAGCCACUAAUUUGGGGUUCUUUUUCGGCCCAGUUUGUCUGGGUUGGGAUACCUCGUGUUUUAGCACGGUGGCUAUGACUUGGACUCAAUUUUAAAUGUUUACAUAUAAACCUGUUUA